UGUCAUUCUACAGAAAUACAAUGUAUUAAACAAACAACUUUGCCAUACAUACUUUAUACCUAAAUCUAAUAGUUUGAGUUUUAUAGCUAAAGAACUGCAAAAAAAAUCAUGCAUGAAAAAUAUCUAAAAAUGUGAUUUUUUUCGGUUUGGAUACACGAAGCGUCUAUUAUAUAGUGACAUUAAUGCUGAAAAACGCUGAAAUUUGUAGAUUUGUGAAUGAAAUCUGAAGUUUGAAAAAUGUCAUAAGUAUUUACGUUUUAUAUGGAAAAUUCAAAUAUAAGCCCUCAAUACGCCCUCUGACGGAGCCGAGCCGAACUAAGAAUGACUCAAUUCGAUAGUGUGACAAUAGAGAAAAGUUUGUGUGAUGAUUUUCCUAGCUUAUUAACAGCUAAUGCAUCAAUUGCAAUCAUCAUCGAUAGAGAAUAUCUUGACAAUAAAUAUGAAAAUAUUUUGAAUGAAAUUAAAGUUAUUAUUGAACGUGUUCUUCGUGAAGAUUUGAAAAAUGGUGGCUUAAUUGUUUCAUACUACUCGUGGACACGGAUUAAUUUGAAAAAAGAUUUCACAGCAGUUUUAAGCAUAACUAAUUGUGAAAAUACUUGGGAAAUUUUCGAAGAUUCUCGCAGUGAAUAUCUUCUGUUGAUGGCAAUUACUGAUCCAGAUUGUCCACGAUUGCCUUACGAUGAAGCAAUAAUGGCAAUGUUGCUUUAUGACAAUACCUUUGAUCGUGAUAUGAUAAGUCGAUGUGUUAAUGCACUUUCAAGAGAUUUUCCUGACGAAUCCGGUGAUUUGGUGAAGCCACUUUCAGUAUCGAUUUAUCGAAUUAAAGACUCUCCACAUGAAUGGGAUAGAAGAAAAAUGAUUCGUACUAUGCUUAAACAACUUCCUACUAAAUUUAUUGGGAAAAAUUUCAUGGUUCUGGUAACAGCAAAAUUAAUGCAGAGUUUAAUGGAAAUUGCAAGGGACUUAAAAAUGGUUGAUACAUUUUCACAAUGGUUUUAUGUUGUGUCAGAUACUAGCUUUGAAAAUCACAAUAUAUCUUUUAUUACGACAUUAAUUGAAGAGGGGAACAAUAUCGCUUUCAUAUUGAAUCAUACUCGAGGUGGAAAUGAAUGUGUUUCAGGGAUAGAAUGUCACUCUAACGAACUCUUAAAAUCUUUUGUUUUGGGAUUAUCCAAAGCUAUUCGAGAGGAAGCUGCGGUGUAUGGUCAGAUAUCUGAUGAAGAAUGGGAAAUCAUAAGAGCUUCAAAAAAAGAACGAAGAAAUGACAUUCUCAAUUUCAUGCUUGAUAAUCUCAGAAAAACUUCGAAAUGUGCUGCAUGUACAACUUGGAAUGUAAAAAGUUCAGAAAUUUGGGGCAAUCAAUAUAAAUAUUCAGCUUUCUCGGACGGUUUUUUAAAACAAGUCAGCAGUGAUGGUCGAGAUUCAAAAGAAACCUCAAAUGGCCUUAAAAUGAUUGAUGCGGGAUUUUGGAAACCUUUUGAUGGGUUGAAAAUGACCGAUGCACUCUUUCCACAUGUAUCUCAUGGAUUCAGGAAUAAACAAUUUAAAGUGAUCACUUAUCAUAACCCUCCAUGGCAGUAUGUGAUAAAUAACGAAAGUGGAAUUGUAGGGAUGCCAUCAGGAGUGGUUUUUGACAUACUAAACGAAGUUUCAAAAAAACUAAACUUCUCAUAUGUAAUUCAUCUUGCUCAAGUCUCUACAGCCACAAAUAUUACGGAUGCUAAUGGAACUGUGACAAAAGAUAUUCACUUGUUAACAACCGAUAUUCCUACAGAAGUUUUAUCUCUUCUCAGUGAAAAUCAUAUAAUUCUUGGAGCAGUUGCAAACACCAUAAAUGAACGUUAUAAACGACUGAUUAACUUUUCAGUCCCAAUAAGUAUUCAACCUUAUAGUUUUCUUGUUGCUAAGCCAAAGGAGAUAAGCAGAAUUUAUCUAUUCGCAGCACCUUUCACUACUUUGACGUGGCUGUGCUUGGCGGGAAUGAUUGUCAUCUUACCUCCAGUUCUAUGCAUUGUUAAUCGUUUAAGUCCAUUUUAUGAAUUUCACAGACAUCAAAGAACAUUAGGAUUGUUCAAAAUUGAUAAUUGCUUUUGGUAUAUUUAUGGAGCAUUACUACAACAAGGUGGCCUUUAUUUACCUCAUGCCGAUUCAGGAAGAAUUAUUAUCGGCUCUUGGUGGCUCAUUGUUAUUGUUCUCGUAACAACUUACUGUGGAAAUCUUGUUGCUUUUUUGACGUUUCCAAAAAUUGAUAAUCAAAUUAAAACGGUGGAUGAAUUGGUUAAACAUCAUAAAAGUGUUACAUGGGGAAUGAGAGGUGGAACGUAUCUAGAAGAUUAUAUUCGAGACACAGAUAUACACAAAUAUCAACUUCUCUAUAGUGGUGCAAAUUUCUAUCCUGACGAAAACGAAGAGAUUAUAGAAAAUGUUCGUAAAGGAAAGCAUGUUUAUAUCGAUUGGCGAUCAAAUUUGAAGCAGAUUAUGCGACGAGAACAUUUGAAAACAGAAUCAUGUGACUUUUCAUUGAGUUUCGAAGAGUUUAUGGAAGAACAAAUUGGAAUCGUAUUUCCAAUGAAUUCACCAUAUCUUGAUUUAUUCAACAUAGAAAUAACACGUUUACACCAAAUGGGUUUGAUAGAACGUUGGAUGAAGCAAUACAUGCCACAAAAAGACCGCUGCUCGAAGCAGUCUACGGUUAUUGAAGUUAUUAAUCAUACUGUCAAUAUGGACGACAUGCAGGGAUGUUUUCUAGUCUUGCUUUUUGGUUUUUCUGCAGGAUUUUUUUUUUUCUUAUUUGAAGGCAUCUUACAAUAUUACAGAAAAUUUAGAGAAAAAGAUAUCAUUGAACCUUACGUAGAUUAA